UACUAUUACGAGUAUUUGCAUGGACUAUUAAAUUCAAAUAUUUUUCACGGAGAAAACGAACAUAACCCUCCUUUUAAGCUACCACAAUUCGCGGACCGCGGCGGCACUGAGGGGCACAGCGGGGUAGCCUUAGGUGGGGGAAAAUUCCCUCCCAGGGAAUUUUUCCCCUCCAGCGAGGGAAAACGGACGAGGGAAUUCUGGCAUCACUGGUGGACGGUUCGUAGUCGUGGAACGGUAGGGAUCGAGACGCGUAUUACUACUUGGUUGAGUUAUGGACGUUUGUGCCUCUUCGGAGAAGCAGAAUACCCUUCGAGAUGAGCCCAUGGACGAUUCUGACGGCGACGCGGCCGCAGGAAAGCCGUCCGGUGGCGAGGAUGGGCUACUCAAUGUGAAAGCUGUUAAGGCGGAUCCGACGCUCGCGGCGGCGACGGUGGUGCCACCUGUCGUGCGAUCCGUCGCGGAGAACGCGGACUCCAAGCACCGUGCCAACGGGAAAAAUUGCUGGAAGACUUUACUGAGGAGGGCGGGCAAGAUCGAGAGAUCGAGUGGUAGCGGAGACCAGGAAGGACAUUUGGAUGAGGGUACGGAUAUCGCAACAAAAAAACGAAAGACUCGUAGAGGUAAACCUAAGCAUAGGAAACUGAAGCCAUACUCGAAACAACAGCCGGCCUAUCAACAGAGAGUGCGAUGCCGUACAGGUGGUGGGCAGACGAAGACAGGAAGGCAACCACCCGCACCUUAUAAUACAACGCAAUUUCUGAUAGAAGAUCAUAACGAUCUCCCUGAUCUUGAGCAAAAGUUAGCUGGUACUAUAGCAUCGGAGAUACCAUCUGGGCCUUCUCGAACUCGAGAUUCUAGUUUUAGCAUCGACUCGGAUGAAGAUUAUUUCUAUUCGUCACCAGAGGAUGAGGAGGAGUUUCUAACAAAGGAAUUUUCAACCGCUUAUGAAGAUCUUCAUGCGGAAAGAUUAGGAGCCAUGACUAAAUCGGAACUGAUACAAGAAUAUGUACAGCUAGAAGCAAAAGUCGAUCUCUUGACCAAAAGGUUACGGGGAAAAAAUUUAAAUCCGAUGGAGGAAGUGGAAUCUGAAGGGAAGGCUGGUACUACUUCUGAUUCGGAGGUUGCCAAAAAAUUAAAGAUCUAUCAACAAAGAAUCGACGAUCUCACUCAACAGAACGAACAACUGAGGAGGGAGAAUGAAGCACUAAGAGCUCGAAGGCAUGGAAGUACUGUAACUACUACUGAUAGUGAAGGUGACAGUGACUGCACCAGCAAUGGGAAUCGUGAAGUGUGCGACUGUUCAGCAAGAAGUCCGAGUUUAUCUCCUGUUCAGGUUUCCUGUCAACUUAGGCGGGAUAAGGGUCAAAAGAACAUAAGCCCAGCUUCAAGUGUCGAUAGCGAGAGCGACAGCAGCAGUAGUAGUAGUAGCAGUAGUGAUACUCCUUGCAGUUGUCAUGCCAACAGUCCAAAGCCUUCCGCGUCAUCCUCCUCUGGCCUUGUAAAUGGGCAUGCGACGAGCCAUGAGCUCGAUGGGCUCCCAACAUAAGUAUCGGAGUGGAUGGACAACGAAUCUGACAGUAGCAUCCUUCUCUUUAAGGCGAUUUUGCACGUAGAAAAUGUACGGCGACUAUGAUGUUCCCAAGACAUGCAGACAAAGUCGACAAGUCCAUUGUGGACUAGGUUCCGUAAUUCGCGCUUAGGCAAUCUCUCGCGAGUCAGUAUUUAUCCUGCAAUCGUAUUCGAUCAAUCUUUUGUUAUAUAUUUUACUCCUUUCUCUCGCUAUUCCUUAACUCUAUUUUUUUUCUUCAUACUAUUUCUUAUUUUCACUUGAGACUGUUCUGACCAUAGAUGCUGUGAAUACAGGGAACGUUAUGGAAAUCCUACACAAAUGGGCAGUACUUGGAUGGUUUGAAAAUUAUGCUCUCGAAUAUUAAUGGUAUGACCAUGGGUGUAAGAAAAUGUAACCAUACGAUACAGAUUCCAAAUCUGAAAUUAUCGUCCUGGAGGUUGAGAAAAAAAAUGCAAAGUAGGACUUUGUUUUGUUACGCCAUUUUUACCAUUAUAGCAAUGUUACAUGAUCUAAUGAAUUUAUUUGUUCUUGCGAUAUUUUGCGCACACGAGUACAGCAUUAGACCCAUACAAAUGAUCCAAAUAUGUUGAAAACAAAAGUGGAGAAAUUCGUUGCUCGGUUGCGACGACUCGAAAAGUAAUGAACUUAUGAUUACAUUGUAUAAUUGUAUAGGUAUAGGCAGUAAGGCAAGAGAGUGGUUUACGGUCUGAAAGUCAUAAAAUGGAAAAUAGAAUCUUAUGCUUUGUGUUUUUAA